AUUUUUUAUCUGCUGUACUGCCUAGUACCUGUGACAUUUCUUUAUUCUGAAAGUUUUUAUUAUAUUUAUGCGUUAUUAUUAGAUGUAAGAUAAAACAUUAGAUUAAAUAUUAAUAUCAACAAUGGCUGGAAUUAAAGGUUUGGUGUCAUUGGCUUUCGCCGGCUCGAUUGGGAUGACCUUUGUUAUAUUGGCUUGUGCCUUACCACAGUAUAAAUAUUGGUGGCCAUUCUUUGUUGUUCUCUUCUAUGUAUUAUGCCCCAUCCCCACAAUGAUAGCAAGACGUCACACAGACAGCGCUGGUGGCACCAAUUCGCCUUGUAUGGAGACAGCUAUUUUUAUAACUAUGGGCAUUCUCGUGAGCUCCUUUGCUCUACCCAUUGUACUUGCUCGGGCUGCAGUGAUAUUUUGGGGUGCAUGCUAUUUGACUCUGGCUGGGAAUGUGAUUGUAUACCUGACUAUCCUCGGUUUCUUCACUAUCUUUGACAUGGACGAUUCAGAUUAUGCAAUGUGGUGAGAGAUCUAAAAGUAUUGUCUUUGCCAUAGACAAUCAACCAGAGACAAUUGUAAUACAAUUAUUUUUUUUUGUAUUAUAAACAAUGUUGUGGUUUAUAUCUAUCCAUGUUUAUUUAAGUCUGAUAUACUGAUACUGAUAUUAAUAAUCGAAAUUUUUUGUUUAUUUUUUUUUUAAAGUCAAGUAUUUAGUUGACUUGUUACAUUGUUUGUUGUAUCUUACUAGAUUAAAAAUAUGUUAUUAUCAUAUUUAAUUGCAGGUUAGUCUACUUAAUUAAGUGUAUGAAAAAUUGUAGGUGUAUUUUUUUACAUAUUAGUAAAAUAAUCCAAUAUGUUUAACCCUUUAUAUAAUACAAAUAAUAAACCUUAAGUAUAGUAAACUAACUCAUGCACUUAUUUUAUUUUAUUUCAUAAUUAUGUUCACUGAAUGUUAUAAAAAAUAAUAUUAUAAGAUUAAUUAUUCAUUCUUAUGUAAAUAUAUUGAUUUUUGUAAACCUCUAAUGCAUGAAGUCAAUAUGUGGCAUAGUAUGUUUUUUAUCUGAAAUAUUGAGCAAAAUAAUUUAAAAUUAAUUGUGAUUAAUUUUUUCAUACUUAUAUGGUAAUGAUAUACCUACUUACUAUUCAAUUUUUAUACAGUGAAUGUUUGAUAAACUUUCAAUAAAAAAUUGUUACUAAAAAUAUUUAAAGUAAAAUAAUAUUAUCAUAAGGCUUUCACAAUAUAUAAUGACAUUGCUUUUGGCUGCAUAUGUGUAUAUUACAGGAUUUGAAAGAUGUACGGCAUUGCCAUAAAUCUACUUAAAAAAAAAAAUAAUGACAUAUAAUUGUUUUUCAUUUUCACUAAACAAAUGUAGAAAUAAUAAUUGGUGUUUCUAGUAAUUCUUUGUGCUGUUUCUAAAACAUUUACAUUCCUGUAAUGUAUAUUGUGUAAAUAUAGUAUUAAAAUUGGGUCACAAUAAAACUGUUACUACCUGCUU